AUGGGUGAUCUCCCACCCGCAAGAAUAGAACCGGCUCGUCCGUUUACGAAUUGCGGACUAGACUACGCUGGACCUUUUCAACUGCGGGCCACUAAAGGCCGUGGAAUCAAAUCCUACAAAGGAUACAUUGUAGUUUUCGUUUGCUUCGCUACGAAGGCGAUUCAUUUGGAAGCGGUGAGCGACAUGACGACUUCAACCUUUCUAGCAGCCUAUCGCAGAUUUACAGGACGAAGAGGUCUUUGUCGACGAUUGUACAGCGACAACGGAACAACAUUCCAAGGUGCCGAUCGGGAACUAAGAUCCAUGUUUAAAAGGGGGUCCACAUUCUACAUGGAAGCCACAGCGGCUCUCGCAAACGACGGAGCGACAUGGAGCUUCAUCCCCCCAAACUCACCUCACUUCGGCGGACUCUGGGAGGCCGGAGUGAAAUCGGCAAAGCACCAUCUGGCUCGACUGAUGAUUUCGCGGACAUUUACUUUCGAAGAGUUUAGCACCCUCCUUACUGAAAUAGAAGCCUGCUUGAACUCAAGGCCUUUAUGCGCCAUGUCAACCGAUCCAGAGGAUCUUAACGCUCUGACCCCCGCACACUUUCUCAUCGGUAGCACAUUGGCAAUGAUUCCUGACAAAGAACCACCGAACGUACCUGACAACCUAUUAAAGCGCUACGAACUUAUUCAAAAAAUAAGGAACAACUUUUGGAGAAGAUGGUCCCAGGAGUACCUACAGUCGCUGCAAGUCAGAGGGAAAUGGCAGCAACCUUCGGACAAUUUCAGUGUCGAUCAGUUAGUGCUCAUCCAGGACAAUCGAUACCCCCCCGCGAAGUGGCCUUUAGGAAGAGUGAUCGCGGUUCAUCCGGGGGCUGACGGGAUGGUCCGAGUGGCUACAGUGAAAACAAUUUACGGAACAUAUCGUCGCCCUAUCGUGCGACUUAGCCCAAUACCGCCACCUCAUUAA